AUGCCCGAGACGCGUCGUCCGAUGGAGAAAUCCGAGGGCCGGGAUGAGGCGGGAUGGUGGCGAGAGAAGGGCGACGGAGGGAGGAGCGGGACCAGGUCAUGGACGGAGGGCCAGGAGCGGAGCGCCGAGAGAUACAGGAGCAGCGCGUCAGCGAGAGGAGGAGGAGGAGCGGGAGCGCGGUGCGAUUGGAGGAGAGCCGGUAGCGGAGGGGCUGCUAAUUUUCCUUUGGCCGCGGGGGUGAAAUGUUUUCCUUUGAAAAUCGGGUGGAACGUUCCGCGGGCCGCGGCGUCCGACUAUAAAGAGCUGCACCCUCCGGCGCUCUCCCCUUUGCUGGACCUGAGCUUCGAGCUCGAAGCCUCUUUGCGCGAGCGAGAGCGAGCGAGGGUGCGAGAGAGCGAGAAGAGGGGAGGGCAGAGCGCAGGCAGAGGCAGGCACGCAGGAGGCACAGAAGAGCGGAACGAGGAACGGAAAGGGGAGGAAGGGAGGCAGCCAGGGAAGGGGGAAUGUGAGUGGCGCGAGCGAGCGAGCGAGAGAGCGAGCGCGUGUUUGAUAGGUUUGUUUGGUCGGGGCCGAGCAGGUGGAGGAGGAGAGGAGAGGAAAGGAGAGGAGGCCGCAGGAAGGCAGAGGAGAGGAGUGGAGGAGGAGGAGGAGGAGCAAGAGCCGAGAAGAAGCGCAGGACGGAGGAAGAGAACAGAGCCGGAGGUCGCGAGGACUGACCACUUUACUGACGCACUGACAUGA